GGAACUGCGAUUCAGACCAUUCCAAACUUCAGGUUUGAAACCCGCGAUCACCUGGGCUGAUGCUUGGCUGCCUCCGGGUGAUUCGGAAUCAUGCAGAGUACUGCUUUCCUCAGUUCAUCCUCAUGUUUGGGGUGCUCAGCUCAGUUUCGCGUAGCUCGCUCUUGGCGAUGGCAAUGCACGUUUCGCGCAGCCUGUCAGCUUACCAUGCCCGUCGCGCUGCUGGGCGCGCUGGCGGAUGAUCCGCUCUUGGGUCUAGACAACUCCAGCCUAAAUUCCGUGCUGGCGCUGGGCACAUUGGCCAGAGCCGUGGGGAAGCUUUUCAACGGAGUUUUGCUGGACCACUUUGGGGUCCGCCCAUUCCUUUUCGUGGUGCUGCUGCUGGCCAGCGGCGCUUGCUGCGCGCUGGCCGUGGCUCAGAGCAUCGGUAUGGUGGGCCUCGCAGUGGUGGUGCUCAGCUACUGCAGCUCCGGCUCUUGGCUGAGUGGCUGCAAGCUUAUCGAGCGGCGUUUCAAGGAGGACUCGAGCCUUUGCUUCUCGGUGCUGGCCACGUGCUCUCGCCUGAGCGCUGUGCUGACGCGCCUGGCGCUGGGGCUCGUCCUCCUGCUACUUCCCUGGCGCCGCAUCGCGGAGCUCUCAGCUUUGGUGAUGCUGGGCGCCUGGGCCUUGGUUCAGGCCCUGCUGAAGACGGACCACGAGAAGGACGCCGAUGGCAAGCCCAAGCUGCAGGUGGAACCUGCCACUCCCAGGGACAAGGAGGAGGUGCAGCGCGAGGUAUGCUCGGCCUCGAGCGGCAUCCGCCCUGUUCUGUGCAACCGAGGCCUGCAGCUGCACGCCGUGGCCGUGGUGGGCGCUACCUGCCUCAUGUCCAUGGAGAACCUGGGCCCUCUGCUGCUGAAGGACCUGGCGAAUCUCAGCAACGCUGAAGCGAGCAUGCAUGCCGCCAUUUUCCCAGCUGGCGUGAUGCUUGGCGUUUUCACGCUGCCCCACUUCCACGUUCGGAUUGCGAGCCCAACAGGACGGCUCCUUUUCGAGCUGGGCUUGCAGUCCCUGAUCCUGGUGGCUGGAGGCUUUCUGCUGGUCCUAGUCUCCUUGCCUCCGAAGACCGUGCGCGUGGAGUUCAUCCUCAGUUGCUUGGCUUGUAUAGCGUUGGGCGUCUCGUUCAACUACUACAUUAAGCCGGGCCUGCACAUCGUGGAGUUCGGGGACCGCUGCGCCACGGCCUCGUCGAUGCUGGACGCGGCGGGCCUGGGAGGCGCGGUGGCCUUCCAGUGCCUCCUCUCAGUGGUCUUCCGCUGCGGCGGCUCGUGGCCCGGGGUGGCGGCGGCGCUCAUAGGCUCGGUGCUGGUCUUGAGCAUGGGCACUGUGCUCUUCUUCCUGGAGCGCUCCGCAGGCGCCUUCAAGUGCCGGCAGCUACGGGACCUGCUUUGCAUGAAGGCCUUCCGGGCAGGUUUGCUGCUUUUGGGAGGUAGCGCUGUGGUGCUUCUUGCUCUACAACAGGGCAUGCUGCCCCAGGACGGGGCGUCGGCGAAUGACGUGUCCCGCUUCAUUGCAGCCGGAAAAUGACCAUGGCUGAGAUUGCAGCCGGCGUGGUGUGGGAAGACAGGGGCCCAAAGCACCCAAGACAAAAGAUCUUGGCUCGGCCUCGGUAGCCCUCGUCGGAGAUGAGGGCUGCGACAGCCGGAGCUUCUGUCGCCAAAGCGUUUCUCGAC